GGACUGCCAAUCCUCGCGGAGCGAAGCACACGGUUCUGCCGCGCGCGCGGCCGGAUCGCAGUCGCAGUUGAAAUCCCGAGAAGAACCGAGCCCCCGUCGCCGCCGAGAGCCCAAGUCGUAAUCCUGGACCAAGUAAACGGACGCCUCGGAGGAUCGUGCCGGGAUCUUCUGGCAUGUGAUCAGAAGCAUGCAGCAGAAGCCACUGAGAGAGCUGGGUUUGUGCCUCAAUACCGGGGGAUCGACAAGCAACGUUGUCGUUGCCGAGAUCUGCAACGAGACACGCGGUGGGCUUCCCCUUCUUCAGAUAUGGCCCAGCGACUCGCCCAGAGCCGAGGCCGACGAUCAGGCUCAAGCUUUUGUGUUCCCAGACGUGCAGGAAAACGUCAACGACAGUGGCAUCGAAUCUAUUCAGGCGUCGCCGUCACCGUGCGGUGUCACCUGCAACAGCCCGGCGAUGACGCCGCAGCAGUCACGUCGCGCCAGCCUGCUGCAUCCGGACCACGCGCGGCUGCAGCUUCCCUAUCUUCACCACAACCACUAUAACGCGGGAGGGCUGAAGAGUCCACCGUCGCCAGACAGGACGUCCGUGGACGAGGACCACGAAGAUCGGCCCGCGCCGCCCAGUCCUUCCAGCUCGACCACCAGCAGCCUGCGAUCAAUGCCGAGCUCGGCAAUCGUGUCGAUGCACUCACAAGACAGAAGACGCAGCAGCAGAUACAGCAUGUUCGACGCUCUGGACUUAGAGUAUGCCCUGUUGAGGGCUGCGGCCCGCGGAUCCGUAGGCCCGUACUCCCUGUCAGAGUCCCUCCACAAGCUGACUUUCACCCAGAGCCUGGCUUUCCCCGCUUUGGCGCGCGGUCUCGCCGCCAAGCAGAGUAUGCCGAGCGGAAGAUCGCAACAGCCCACCGAGAGCGGACUGAACGCCUUCGCCAAGGUAGUGACCGCGAUGGUACUGAUGCUGGUGAGCGUGUUGGUGUUCGGUGUCGUUUACAAGUUUGCCAAGACGUGAGGUUGGUUGCUGGCCCCAGGCCGUUAUCCCGGAUCGACGCAGGAUAACAAUCGUCUGGACGCCAGCGAUGCUUUCAGCGGCAACGUCUGAUGGAGCCUGAGGGAAGAUCUGAAAUUCAUUAUAUGAAGCAUCGGAGGUUCUACAUGAUACGGUCCGCGUUUAGGAUAAACAUUCGCCAGUUCUCCGAUUAUGAAAUAAACGCUUGUACGGAAGACGAAUGAAACAGACGAUGAUACGACUCUGUGACAGUCGAUAUCACCCUAGACUCACCCUAGAUGCGACUAGCCAGGGUGUAAAAAAAUUUUAUACAACGUCUUACUCUUUUUCUUUAUAACCAAUGUGUGUAUUAAAUAUAUCUAAUAUAAAGUUUCAGCGAUGGAGACGACGCUGCCAUGCAUGCAGAGGAACGCGAGAAGGAUAAUGAAAAUAGCGUGAUUGAUAAGGUAAUCGUAACGAGGAUCCGUUGUUGGAUCGACAAAUAGUAUGCGAAUCAAAUAGUAUAUGUGAUGUACGUGUAAUAAUUACGUUUCGUGAUGAAUGUGAAUAAGUAAUAUCGGCGUCGACAAGGAGAUUUCGAUGAACGAAAUGUAUGUCUUCUCGAAAGAGAUAAUUGUACGGGAAAAUCAAGAAAGAUUUAAUCAUUGAAAUCCCGAGUGAGCUCUUUCCAUCUAAAGUAUCUCGAUAUAACGGAUACACAAAUUUGUGCUUUGGUCUCUAUCGCCGACAAGAACAGCGUUUCCGCGCUGAAUUGCUUUUCAUCGAUACUUCAAGUUACGGUAACUCGUUAAAGUAUUAUUCAACGAGUCGUGUCAAUAUCCUUCAACAAUAAGUUUCGCUGCAUUCUAUUGAUAGGCGAUAACUGGGACGGCUCUCAGUCAAUAAUCCCGGAUUGCGACUAUGCGACGAUUGUGAGGACGAUUGAGCCAUUCGUUGAAUUGUCUGCUCUGCGCGAUAAGAUUCGAGAGAUGCGCUUUAUGCAAUCCGGCGAACAAGCUGGAUGCUUCAACUGCGAUUACAUCGCAUUUCAAAUCUAGAUUCUUGCGCAAAAUUAAACGCUAUUAAAGGAUCCCCACAUUUUUUAAAUUACUAAAAUAUAAUUUCGCGAAUUUUUAAUGCAAAUUUCUACUGAAAUGACGAAAUUUUUCCCGUUUAAUUUUCGAUGUAAAUUUAUUUUUAAUUAAACCAUUUAUUAAAAAUUGAUAAAUCUUCACGUUUUGGAUAAAAAUUCGCUUGUAUCCAAUUAAAAAAAUUUUUAAUUAAAAGGAAUAUAACAACAUAUAUAUAACAAAUAUAGUUUGCUCAAAAUAAAAAAAACUUUUUAUCCAUCGUGUCAUAUCUAUUCAAUAUUAUAUUAUAUUAUUUAUUUUUAUAAUUUAUUUGACUAUUUAACUUAACACUGGACUAUCCAGAAAUUUUUUCCCGAAUAAUGUAAUCAUGUUGCUUUGCAGUGCCUUGUACGCGCGCAGAGUUGUCAUCUCAAUACGAACGCCGUAUGCGAGCGAAUAAUCUCGUGACCUCUUCGCGAAUUUUGUGACGGUUCAAGUGCUUUAUAUAACUUCUCUUUGUGACAAUCGGCCGGGAAGCGCUCCUUCCCGGCACAAUUAAAUUAUAAUAUUAAGCGCGACUCGCGAGACCGUCGAGGCUUCCAAUCGGAAACGAAUUGCAACUUCCGACAGUGGGAAAUUAAUCUAUGAAAGCUACAGCGCUUAUCGUCUAUGCUUUGUCUAAAACACAUCGCGGUUUAAAACUAAAUCGAAAUCUAAUAUCGUGCGCGACAUGAAAUAGUUUUCAAAGCAUAAACCGGCUGUUGAUCGACGUUAAGGCUUAUCAUGUAUUUUUAUAAAAUCUGAUAUCGAUCGUUACGUCAGUAAGUAAAAAUAAACUCGACUCGCUUGUUAUAUACUGUUUCCUCAUCAAAGAAUUUUCUAAAGGGUACGAUCUUUAUUUUUGCUAGAUCCUAGGGUCGGUUUCGAUUUCGUUUUAAGCCCGCGUAUUAAUCGAAGUACGCUCAAAAGAAAGCAUCUUUGAGCUUGUUUCGUACAGCCUAGUGUUGUUCGUUUUAUAUAUAAUAAAGUACUAUAUAUAUACAUACAAAACAACUAUACAUAUACAUAUAUAUUGUACAUAUUUAUGAUCAUUACGGAGGCGUAUCUCUUUGUUAUUUCGAUGUUGCGCUCUGUACGAAAAAGCAACGAAAUUUCUAAAGAUAUAAUAAUUCGAGACGCGUCAUGGCAUAGCGAAAGUGCCGUAUUCUAUUUUUUUUUAACUAUCGUACUGUACAAUAUACAUAUAUACAUAUAUACAUAUAUAUGUAAUACUAACUUGUUGCACUACGAUGCAUAAGGAAAGCAAUUUCUUUCUUUAUCUCCUUUGUGUGAUUAUGCGCGACGAAUUUAAAACGGAUGAGACGAUGAUAUUUUCGCGAUUUAAAGUUAAAAUUGAUCAUUUACUUUAUACCUCACAAUUGUACAAAAUGUAUGCUGCCGCAAAUUUUGCGAUCAAACGAAGAAAUCGUGUCUCUCCCAUGAUAGAAUUUACAUAGAUGAGAAAUUUAAUUUUCAUUCUUUGCAAUUUCUUUUUAAUCCGCGGUUCUCAGAUCUUCGAAUGGCGUAAAAGAAAUAAAAUUCAACAAAAAAAAUCUUCUACAAUAGUACAUUUUUAAAUACUAUACUGGAAGAAAAAGAUUAAUAGAACUGUAGUCCUUUACGCGUUUAGUACUAACUCGAAACAAGCGUAGAACUUUUCGAGAGUGAAAAAAAGGGGAGGAGAGACGGAAAUAUGAAAAGGGCGGCUGAAAAGAGCUGACCUAAAUUACACUGCAGUCUCCAUUGUGAUCACGACCCAUAGAACGAUAAUAAAGUUAAAUGGAAAUGAAAAUGGAAUAUUUUAUGUUUUUUAAAGCUUAUUUUCUCUCUCUCUCUCUCUCUCUCUCUCUGUAUUUGAAUAAAGACUGUAUAGUUAAUAAGAAAAAAAAUUAAACAUAUGUGAAAUGUGUAAAUGAAAUUGAUUACACUACGUGCAGAGUGGUAUUCGCGAAUUUUCGGCGGUAUACGUUUUUAUUAUGGUACUUACAAUAUUCUGUUGAGAGAUCCUCUCAUGUCAGAGUAUCCUGUUGAGAGUUAUCAGCCGGUACACCAUGGAAAAUGGGUCGAUGCGAUGUAAAAUUGUUGCGCGUUGAAUUUUAGUCGUGCCAAUAUACGAAUCCGUGAUCUCUCGUAUCAGAGCGUUUCCCCCGAUUCUCUUUGUAAUUCCCUCCCCGCCCCCGUCUACGCUAAAUAUAAUGCUUGUAAAACGUUGUAACUACUACCACCACUCGAUCGUCCCAUUUUGCGAUAAAUUACUUUUCUUCCUUCCCAGUAAAACGCAAAAGAAGAAACAAUAAAAGGACUGGAAAAUUAUUAGUUAGCGGUAAUCUUCUUAAUCUUACUUAUAAUUCAAUCCUCUUUACCUCUUUGUUCUUCUUGGAAUUUAAUCUUAAUGGCUUGGUGUAUUAGUAACAUUGCAGUUAUAAACAAUCGAAAAUUACAAAGGGGUUCGAUUUAGGCGUCGUAACCGCAGAGGUAGACAACCAGACCUUCUUCUUCCAUCAAUCUCAUUUUACUUUCACAAAAUUCACAGAAUUCUAAUUCGAAAAUUAUUUACAAAGAUGUUUAAUGUCGUUUAAUACUAAAGCCCGGUCUACAAUGAGUUAGUUGUUAGUUAUAAGUAAAUUGACCAACUACAGUCGAUUAUUUCAAGAAUAUUCUUGAAAUAAUCAACUGUGGUCAAUUUGCGUGCGACUGACGACUAACGACUCAUUGUAGAUUGGUCAUAACACUCGCUACUCUUCUCUUUGAUUGUAAUAAUCCUAGACGCGUUUAAGAGAUGGACUUGAUUCUCUGUCACGAAACAUCUGAAUGUUAAAAGUUGACAAAGUCCUGCUCCAAAACGCCGAUAGAAAAUUCUCAGGUUUAUUCAUAGCCAGAAUCUAAAACGUUCGAGUUCGCGGGAAGAUUAUCUUGAUUGUAAUUUCAUUUUUCGAAUUCGUGCUAAAUUUCUUGCGACUUCCACAACCAGCGCUUAUUAGGCCAAGCCUUUGAUGCUUAAGCUUGUCUUAUUUUUAUACUAUUUUCACAAAAUGCCAUUAUGAAAUCUUGUUGAUCGUUUUAGUCUAAAAUGAAGUAGAUCCAAAUUUCCAAGCCGGAUGAAUGGACGAAAUAAUCCUUUGGAUCUCUGCGAAUAAAUUUUAAAAGAGUGACGCGAGCACUUUCUUAAAAAAAAAAAAAAAAACUUUUCUCGUAGAUGCCAUUUAUUAUCUU